CCCACAUCUCUUCCCUUCAUAUCCAGGUCGCAAUCCUCGCAGGAUACCCAUCCAGUCUUUACUCUGUCCAUCUUCUCAUUUUGAGGAGUUUUCUACUAUUCCAAGGUAGUGUGUGUGCACUGUGCCCUCCACCAACACUCCCCCCCUUGCUCUCGAGAGUCUCCAUUUCCACCUCCGCCUUAGCUUAGAAGAAAACGAAAAAAAAAAAAGGGCACCCCCAACCGACCGCAACAACCAACGUCAACCCGCGUGACAACUCAUAUCCCCAGCAAUCAAGCAUCAUGGCGCCCCGCGGUCGUGGAAAAUUCUCCAAACCCAGUCGAGGAGGUGGGAAACACUACAGUCGCGACGUACAACCCGUCGAUAAAGAUGGCAACCCCGUUGGCAUGUGGAGGGAAGAAGACCACCUCUCCACCUCCGACGACGAAGAAUCGACACAAGAUGAAGAUGAAGAUGAAGACUCAAACUCAGACUCAGACUCCGAGUCCGAUUCCUCGCCCUCCUCUUCCUCCCGCCCCGGAGCCAGCGGGGUGAAAUUCGCCCCUCCCCCUCCUUCCUCCUCCAGCACACGCGCCGUCGCCGCCGCUGCCGCUGCUGCUGCCGAAAUGACCCGCGAAGAGCGUCGCGCCGCCACAAAAGCCAAAAAGCAAGCUGCCAUGGCGCGCAAGAACACCGUCGCCGCCCAGCCGGGGGAUCUGCCGCCCUCGGGCUCAGACCGGGACUCGGACGCCGAGGACGACGAGGACGAUUUACCUGCGAACCCCAACCAUACGGCGAAGUCGAGGUCGCAGACUGCUGCCUCUGGUGCUGGUGCGGGUGCGGGUGCGGGUGCGGUGGCGACGGGGGAUAUGUCGCAGUUGUCCAGGAGGGAGAGGGAGGCGAUUGAGGCGCAGCAGGCGCGCGAGAGGUACCUGAAGCUUCAUGCAGAGGGGAAGACAGAUGAAGCGCGGGCGGAUCUGGCGAGAUUGGCGAUCGUCAGGGAGAAGAGGGAGGCGGAUCGGUUGAGGAAGGAGGCGGAGAAGGAGGAGAAGCUGGAGCUCGCGAAGAAGAAGGUGGCGGAGAGGGAGGCCAAGUUUAGUGCGAAGGGAGGGAAGAAGGGAAAGAAAUAG